AUGGAUUCAGCAAUAGAUCUUUCUGAUGCCUCCAAGGCUCUAGACCUUAAAAAUAUCCGCUUCCAGCUUAUCCGGUUGGAAGACACGAUUUUAUUUCAUCUCAUCGAGCGAGUGCAAUUUCCAUUCAACGGCACAAUUUACAAGGCCGGUGCAGUUAGGAUACCAGAUAGCAAUCUCGGCUUCCUCGACUGGACACUUCGGGAGAGAGAGAAACUCGACUCCUUAAUUCGACGCUUCGAGUCCCCGGACGAGUACCCUUUUUUCCCAGACGCGCUCCAAAAACCGAUCCUCCAGCCGCUUAACUAUCCCAAGAUCCUACACGAGAACGACGUCAACGUUAACGAGAAGAUCAAGACGCAUUAUAUCGAACAGUUUCUUCCUACAGCAUGUGUAGAUUUUGGACGGAAAGAUAGAGGGGAAACGGAGGAAAAUUACGGAUCUGCAGCUACCGCUGAUAUCGCUUGCUUACAGGCCCUGUCGCGGAGGAUCCAUUUUGGAAAGUUUGUGGCAGAGUCCAAGUUCCAAACGGAAACGGACAGAUAUACGAAGUUAAUUAAGGCAGAGGACCGGGACGGCAUUGGGGCAGCGAUCACAAAUCAAGCUGUGGAGAACCAGAUUCUAGAGCGGUUGCGAUUGAAGGCUAAGACGUACGGGACCGACCCAAGCAUAGGGGAAGAAGGUCCGGGCAAGCUUCAUGUUGAGGCUGUGGUGGCAAUGUACAAGGAUUUCGUUAUCCCAGUCACCAAGGAGGUGGAGGUCGAGUACUUGAUGCAAAGGCUGUUACCAGAGUAA